ACUUCUGGCUCAGUUUGCUCUUGUACGACCUUGCGCCAAGUCACGCUUCGCAUCCCCUUGGUGCUGUCUCCCCCCCCGAGAGACACCCUUCACUUCCGACUUCCUUUUCACCUGGUCUCUAUGCUGUCUUCAUCGUGAUCCGUGUCUUUCAAAGAGCAAAAAAUAUUCGUCAUAAAAGUUUGUGUUUUGUAAAAGGAAAAAAGUGAUAAAAGUGGAAAGCGACCUACGUAUUACCUACUUUUGGAGUAAAUCUAGCAAUUUGUCGUGGAUGGAUAAUUAUGACGACUUUGAAAUAUCAUUGGAUGCUCUUAAUAUCGUUGUUGCUGAUAUUAGGACGCAUUCUAGAAUCCCAACAACUUGUCAUCAAGAGUAUCAACGUUCCCUCCGCUAUAAAGGUCGGCGACGUCAAUCACGUGAUCCUCGACUGCGACUACGCCCUGGAGAACACCUCGAGCCAAGGGUUAGUGGUCAAGUGGUUCUUCAACGACGACCAAGUGGUCUACCAAUGGAUUCACGGCAGGAAUCCCUUAGCUGAUGAGCCAGCCGCGAAAUAUAUCGAUCUGACGUAUAAGGCGAGCGAUGAUCCUUUCACCGAGUAUCGAGCCAUGAAGCUGGAUAAGCCGGGAAUCGAUCUAACGGGCAAUUACACGUGCGUGAUAUCGACAUUUGAGGACGAGAGGGCGGCAAAUGCUUCCAUGAUAAUUUACUCAACGGAAGAAAAGUUUGAUUUCGAACAUCAAAGAAAGAGUAUAAAUGACAAAGACGGGUUGGAAGCGACAUGCAAAGCCGAAGGAGUUUAUCCUCAGCCAAUUCUCGAUAUUUCAGUCAAGGAUAUUCCAGACAAACAAACUUCAAAACCCACGGUGACACUUCGUGAAGAUGGAUUGUAUAAUAUCUUAUCACGAGUAGAUUUGCUAGAUGAGGAACUACCAGAAGCUGCAGAACUUAGAUGUACUCUCGACAUCCCGAGAGCAAACUACAGUGUGUCCCGAAAAACCAUAUAUUAUUCCAGAACGGCUACUACUACUUCAUCUCUUACAACGAUACCGGAGCAUAAAAUGGAUAUCCAGGCCCUAGACAGCUCAAAGUCCGGUAAUGGUGAUGGCAACUUCGUCGACACUGCAUCGAUCAAUGUUAUCCUCUUACCAAUACAUCUGGCUAUUCUUAUUCUGUUACAUUAAUAAUGCAAUCGAUAGGUAAGUUUGAAUCGACAUUGGACUCGAUUGGUAUGUACAUAUAUACUUCGAUGACUUUCGGGAAACAACGAUUCCAAAUUAUGAUUUAUUUCCGCGCGCGUGAUUUUAUAAUAUAUAUAAUAAUCUAGUCAUAAUUUUGAAAAAUAUAAAUUAUAUCUGUUUUUUUUCCACAGUUUUCCAAAAUUUUUUAUAUACAUAAAAUAUUGACGUAAAAUAUAGAUGUAACUCCUGUACUUAUUUAUAUCUAUAUACAAAAGAAAUCACUUAAAAUAUGAAUGAUUUUAGCUUUCUAAAAUUCUUCAAAAAGUGCGAUUGAUACGGUAAAAAUAGAACAGGGAUUAAAAUUUAAAAAAAAAAUAUAAUUGCAAAAUGAUACUUAGAAUUCGGUUAAAUCAAUAUUUUCCUUAAUUGACACAGUAUUUAUAUAAAAUAAGAAAACCUAUUUUUUACAAAUAUAUAAAAUAUCUUAUUACGUUAUUUUUUUAUUCGCCUCAUAAAUCUGAAAAUAAAAUUUACAAAAUUAAAAUCGAUUGAUUUAAAAAAUAAUAAUGAGAUAAAUAUUAUAAAAAAAUUUACUGUUGUAAAAAUUUACCGAACAAGCUCGUAAUCUGACGCGAUAUAAAACAAGUGAAGCAUAAGAAAAAAAAAUCUAACAUAAAAUAUUUAAAAAAUUCAAUAAAUAAUUGUUAUAUGUUUAAUUAUUUUUUGUACAUUGUAAAAAAAUUUAUAAAGUAACGAUUGACUCGUUUAAAAAAAAAAAAAAAUCUAAAUGAAGAUUUUUAGACCAAUGUGACGCGAGAAAUCCACACAAAUUAUAAUAUUUAAAAUAUGUCAUUCAUAAUAUUUUUAGAAUUUAUUCAUAUUCUGAUAGAAUCUAUUUCAAUUUUUGCUGGAAUCUUCUUUAUCCAAUUGUUGACUAUAAUCAAGAGUAGCAAUAAUCAAUAACUGGCUAAAGAGGACUCGAGAGUCAAAAGUAACUCUUCACUGUUGGAAUAAAUUCCAAAAAUACUACAAAUAGUAUAUUUUAAAUAUUGCACAAACAAUUAUUAUUAUUAUAAUUAUGCCUCGUGCGAAUAUCACAAUUCAAAUUAAUUUAAAUAUUCUUUUUGCAUUUGGAAAAAAAAAACCAUUUUUCAAAAUCUCGAAUUUAUAAAGCUCCUGGUCCUUUACUGCAGUCGUAUUGAUUUGUGACGUCUCGUCUCAAGCAAGAAAUCAAUCUUUGGAGUGAAUCUUCCUUUGCAAAAUAAAUUAGUUUUUUGUAUAUAUAUAUAUAUAUAUAUAUAUAUAUAUAUAUAUAUAUAUAUAUAUCACUAUUCUCUCCCUUCUACACACAUUCGAUAAUAUAGAUUAGUAAGAUAUAUCGUAAACUUUUUUUGAUGGAUUAAUAAAUAACUAUAAAAUUAUUAAGUUAUAAAGUUAUAAAAUUAUUUUCGCAAAAAAUAUAUAAAACAAAUUAAGUAAUACAUAAAUUUGUUAAUGUAAACUGAUAGAAAAAAGAUGUUUUCAGUUAAUAAUCUAUAUUAUUAUAUAAAGAUGUAAUUAUAUAAAGAUGCAAGUGAUGACAUAUGAAAAAACUUAUUUAUUUCGAUGCAUAAGAUGUGGAAAAAAGAUUUACAUAAAUUCUGUCAUAAUUUUAUAUAAACUGCAAUAAGGAAUCAGAAGUCUUGAAUAUGAAAAAUGUAAAAGAAUAUAUGGCAGUCUAUACAUAUAUACACAUACAUAUACAUACAUACGAAUAUAUAAACUAUAUCAUACUGUUUCUCUAUAUUUUAUAUUAAUAUCGUACCAAAGAAUCCCCUUUGCCACAAUGUAAAAUAUAUACAUACAUAAAUAAAAUUUUAAAAUCUGAUAAAAAAUAUAAAAAAUAAUGUGCGCAUAUAUUAUGUGUGUGUGUGUGUGUGGUUGAAUAAAUUAUUCCUAAUAUAAAAUAUAAGAAUAUAAAUUAUUUCUUAGUUUAUUUUUAUAUAUUUAAUAUUAGAGUACUAUAUAUUGAAGAGUGUGUGUCAAAUGAUAUGUAACAUUUAUUAUUAUAAUUUUAUAAUCAUUAAUUGAUGAUCGAUUGUAUAUAAUAACUUGGGAGACAAACAAUUUUAUUGUAUAAACAGAAUUGAAAAUUCUGUAAGUCUAUAUCAUAUUUUUACAAAUCAUGUAAAUAACAUUGAAUUUAUUAUAUUCAAAUGUGCAUAUUAAUUGAAUAAUAUUGCUGAAAUAAUAAUAAUAUUUAACAGA